AUGUCGUCGCCAGCAUUCGGUCACUCCUGGGUCAGGAGGCAUUCCUCUACGUCCUCUCAGGUUUCAGACGAAGAGGAACAAGAACAAGCCGGCGCUUCAGGUCGCAAUGAUGGAAAGCAGCUUUCUUCCUCAGUGGGCUCCGUCACCCACCGCGAGCCCAUAAGGUCCUUUAUCCACGGCACCGUCAGAGGCCAUCUCGCUCCCCUCGAUAGCGCUGAGUCGGCGCGCUCCGUUCGUGAGCAAACCGCCGAACUAGCCAAUUACUUUCUCUCCGACAAAAAGGACGGUCGAGGCAGUCCGUUCCUUCGCCAGGCACGCUCCGCCUCUUCUCCUACAACACGGCCUCCCUUCGAACCACCCGGACCCGACGCCAGCCCUGUUCGGUCAUCCGAGACAAUACCCGAAGUGCCAGAACCGCCCUCGCCGGAAGCGACCGACGAACACGCGGAGGGCCCAUCGAUGCUCACAACCAUGUUUCGGCGAUCACCCCCGGGCAAUCCCUACUCCUAUACACCAAAGGAGAGUAAUGCGCACGAGGAUGACGUCCCGGUAGAGGAAGGCGACGAGGAGGGCCAGGAUACGUUAAGCAGGGUAACCACCGUCGAGCACCGACCCUUGGUGGCCCGCGAAGACACGCCCGAGGCAGACGAGAUAUCACCAUUGCUGGCCGCAAGGUCGCGAGAGAGCCGGGGUGGGAGCUAUGGGGUCGGCCAGGAGAACGGCCAAGGGCUUGAUCUGGAGGGCCAGAAACGCCCGGGUAGGACAUGGUUAGGAAGGACGGCCAACUCUAUGCGGGAAACGGGCGGCCGGGCGGUUAGCAUUCUCCCGCUCAUCAGUCACCCGAAGCGCUGGGACCGCCGUGCACUCUGGGACAACGUGGUUGUCGCUCCGGUAGCCUGCUUCCCGGCUGUCGUGGUUGGUCUGCUUCUCAACAUCUUGGAUGCGCUGUCCUAUGGCAUGAUCUUGUUCCCCUUGGGAAGCCCCAUCUUUGCAAGCUUGGGGUCCGCCGGGAUAUCAAUGUUCUACGUCAGCUGUAUCAUCUCCCAGCUGACCUUCUCGACGGGGAGUAUAUUCAAGGGUGGGGUUGGCUCCGAAUUGAUCGAAGUUGUACCCUUCUUUCACAACAUGGCCGCGACGAUCACCGACAUAGUCGGAGAAGACAAGCCCGACGCUGUCAUCGCAACAACUAUCACGUCGUACGCGCUGAGCUCGAUGCUCACAGGUGCCGUGUUCUACCUGAUGGGCCAAUUCAAGUUUGGCUAUCUCGUUGGCUUCAUCCCCCGGCACAUUCUGAUCGGCUGCAUCGGGGGUGUCGGGUGGUUCCUGGUUGCCACGGGAUUUGAGGUGACGGCGCGGAUGGAUAGUAACCUCAACUACGACCUGGAUACCCUCAAGCAUCUCAUGCAGGCCGACACCGUCCCCCUUUGGAUUAUACCCCUCACACUUGCCGUCAUCCUAUUCUACUGUCAGUCAAGGAUCAGGUCCAAAUACUUUCUCCCGCUAUAUAUUCUCGCCAUCCCCGCGGCCUUCUAUGCCCUGGCUGGUGCGAUGGGCGUGCUAAAUCCGGACCAUCUCAAAAACGGAGGUUGGGUAUUUAUAGGCCCGCCUGCGGAUGAGCCUUGGUGGCACUUCUACACUCUGUACAAGCUGGACCAAGUGCAUUGGGGGGCUAUUGCACAGUGUAUUCCUGCAAUGCUCGCCUUGACCUUCUUUGGCAUCCUCCAUGUCCCCAUCAAUGUUCCGGCCCUCGCCCUGAACACAGGCGAAGACCACGCCAACUUGGAUCAUGAGCUCAAGCUACACGGCUACUCAAACUUCGUGUCCGGAUUGGCCGGUAGUAUACAAAACUAUCUUGUCUACUCUAACAGCUUGUUCUUCAUGCGCUCCGGAGGAAACACUCGUCUUGCCGGGAUCGAGCUGGCAGUGUUCACUUUCCUUGUCAUGUUGAUCGGCCCUUCGCUCAUUGGCUUCAUUCCCGUCAUGAUGGUCGGUGUGCUGAUCUUUGACCUCGGAUUCGAGCUCCUCCUCGAAGCCGUAUGGCAGCCGCGAAAGAAACUCAAGCCCGUCGAGUACUUUACCGUGAUGGCGAUUGUUCUCGUUAUGGGCACUUACGACUUCGUGGUCGGUAUUGGCGUGGGCAUUUUGCUGGCGUUCAUGUCGCUGACCUUCCAAACAUCGAGGGUCUCGGCCGUUAGAGCCAGCUACUCGGGCGAUGUGGUAGGGUCGACCGUGAGGAGGAACCCGACUCAGCAGCACUACCUUCGCCAGGUUGGUCGCCAGAUCAACGUCAUCAAGCUUUCGGGUUAUCUGUUCUUCGGGACCAUCGUCGGCGUGGAAGACAGGAUCCGGGCUCUCAUCUCGGACGAGGAGUUUAACAAACGGCCAAUCAAGUUCCUCGUGCUGGACCUCUGGCUCGUCACCGGGGUGGACUACUCCGCUGCCGAGGUCUUCAACACCAUCAGCCGCCUCCUAAACGGCAAGGGCAUUGAACUUGUCGUCAGCGGCGUGGACCCCGAGCACGGCCUCGGCCGCAAUCUCAGAACGGUCGGGCUCGGCGAAGACGGCGUCGAGGUCAAACUCCUCCCCGAACUCAACUCGGCGCUCGAGUACUGCGAGAACGAGCUCCUCAAGACCCUCUACGUCAACCAAGACGACGCGGACAGCACGCUCACCACCUCGACCGCCAACCUCGACGUGCCCGCGCCGUCCGCCGCCGACCCCGUGUCGGCCUCCAUGCUCGGCUCGUCGCCGCGGCGCGACCACCUCCGGGCGGCGGCGCGCAAGUCGCUCGGGCAGGCCGAGGCGGGGCGGUCGGCGCGGUGGCAGAGCUUCAAGGCGCCGCUGCGGCUGAUGCUGCAGAUCUUCCGCGACGUGAGCGACCGGAACGAGGACUUCUGGUUCCGCGCGGCGCGCUAUUUCGCGCGCGCCCAGCACCCCCCGGGGACCGUGCUCUUCCGCCGCGGCGAGGCCGCCCAGGCCUUCUACCUCGUCGAGGCCGGCAUCCUCCGCGCCGAGUACGACCUGCCCCAGGGCUGGCUGUUCGAGAGCAUCGUCGCGGGGACGACGUGCGGCGAGCUGCCAUUCUUCUCGGAGACGAACCGGACUGCCACCUGCGUGGUGGAGAGGGACUGUGUGCUGUGGGUGAUGGACGGGGAGGGUUGGGCCCGGCUGCAGAAGGAGGAGCCGGAUGUGGCGCAGGAGCUGUUGCGGAUUUCGCUGAAGCUGACGAGUGAGCGCAUGUCGGUUAUUACGAGCUAUACGCUGACUAUGGCUGGGUAGUUGGGCGGGGUUGGAAGUGAGGUGGGUUGGGGAAUGGGUGGUCUUUUUUGGCUUUCAGCGAGCAUUUGGUUUGUUUGGUUUAGACUUGGAUCAGUCUCUCACAUGGAACAGCUUGGAU